ACCAAGCCUUCCUGACACUAUCACGCUAUCAAAGCAGGGUGCUCGCAACCGCGAUGCUUCAUCUAAAACACCGCCUGCCCAUCAUGUCCACUACCGCCGCCGCCAUGUUGUCUUCAUCUUCAUCUUCUGUAUCACUCAGAAACCCUAGAUUACCAAUAUCAUCGAAUUUCAAUUACUUCGGUAGUGUAAAAUCCUGCAACCGCCUUUCUCUUUGCAGUCGCUUAUCCAAAAUUUCACUUCGUUGUUUCGCUUCGUCUACUACCACCGCUAUGGAUAAAAUCCCCGUUCUCAAUCCCAUUGUUGAGAUGGACGGUGAUGAAAUGACGAGGAUCAUAUGGCAGAUGAUUAAAGACAAGCUCAUUUUUCCGUACAUAGAUUUGGAUAUUAAGUAUUUUGAUUUGGGAAUAUUGAAUCGUGAUGCUACAGAUGAUGAAGUUACUGUAGAAAGCGCCCAUGCCGCUCUGAAGUAUAAUGUUGCUGUAAAAUGUGCUACAAUCACACCUGAUGAGACAAGAGUCAAGGAAUUUGGAUUGAAGUCCAUGUGGAGGAGUCCCAAUGGCACAAUCAGGAAUAUUUUAGAUGGGACGGUUUUUCGAGAGCCUAUUAUGUGCAAGAAUGUUCCUAGAAUAGUCCCAGGGUGGACGAAACCGAUUUGUAUUGGUAGGCAUGCAUUUGGUGACCAGUAUCGUGCUACAGAUGCAGUCAUUAAAGGGCCAGGAAAACUCAAGAUGGUUUUUGUCCCGGAGAAUGGUGAAACUCCCAUGGAGCUUGAUGUUUUUGACUUUAAAGGUCCUGGAAUUGCACUUGCAAUGUAUAAUGUUGAUGAGUCUAUCCGUUCGUUUGCUGAAUCAUCAAUGUCAAUGGCACUCUCAAAGAGAUGGCCUUUAUAUCUGAGCACCAAAAAUACUAUUUUGAAGAAAUAUGAUGGGAGGUUUAAGGAUAUCUUUCAAGAGGUAUAUGAGAAGAACUGGAAGGAGAAAUUUGAAGAACAUUCAAUAUGGUAUGAACAUCGAUUGAUUGAUGACAUGGUGGCUUAUGCCCUAAAAAGUGAUGGUGGGUAUGUUUGGGCAUGCAAGAACUAUGAUGGAGAUGUCCAAAGUGAUUUACUAGCUCAAGGAUUUGGUUCUCUGGGUCUCAUGACAUCAGUUUUGCUAUCAUCAGAUGGUAAAACACUAGAAGCUGAGGCAGCCCAUGGGACAGUAACACGUCAUUUUAGGCAACACCAAAAGGGAAAUGAAACCAGCACAAACAGUAUUGCCUCAAUUUUUGCAUGGACAAGAGGACUUCAACAUCGAGCUAAGUUGGAUAAAAACGAACGAUUAGCGGAUUUUGUUACAAAGCUAGAGACCUCGUGUGUCGAGACUGUUGAGUCAGGAAAGAUGACGAAGGAUCUUGCCAUUCUAAUCCAUGGACCCAAGGCAUCAAGGGAGUUCUACUUGAACACUGAGGAGUUCAUUGAUGCUGUUGCUCAAAAUCUCAACUCUAAGCUUCAACCUCUUGCAGUUGGUUCAUUAAAGUAAAAUACAGAACAGUGGUGAGUGGUGGUCUUUGUUUGGGUUGAUUAAUUUCUGCCAACAAAGCGUUAGAGCCAUUCAUUGCCUAUGACUCACUCUACUGUGAAAAUGGAUAACCGACACCUUCAACAAAAACAUACGAAACAAAAUGUUUGUUUGUUUCUCAACAAAAUAAAUAUUUUUUGCGCAGAAAAAUGAUUGUUAACGAGUUGGUUUGGUAACAAGCUGUUAACGAGUUAAUUUUCCACAG